AAGAGUCAGAAACAGCUGAUCUAAAAGCAGUGCGGCUAAAUUCUCCUUCAUCAAAGAACAUACGACGAUGAAAGCUUAUUAUAACAGUAUUCAUUGUUGAGACCUGAUACCAGUGAUUGCCUCUUCAAAAUGGGAUCUUCAUACCUGUACCUCCUGCCUCUCACCAUCUUCGUACUCUUCCCUGCUACCAUCAUCAUCACGUACACCAUAUCAAUUUUGCUGAAACAUACUGAACCUGUGUUUCCAUACAUCAGUGACACAGGGACAUAUUCCCCUGAGAGCUGUAUCUUCGGCCAAGCUCUUAACAUAGGAGCUCUUGCUAUUCUUGUCACCAUCUAUGUUCGUUACCGACAAAUAGCCGAACUCUACCAUAACCAUUCUUCAUCUUCCAACAUUGUGAGACUGAAUCGAGUUGGUCUGUUUGUCGGUUCCUUUGCAGCUCUUGGUAUUUCAAUCGCUGCCAAUUUUCAAGAAACUAAUGUGCUCUUUGUUCAUUUAACUGGAGCCCUAAUGACUUUUGGCCUUGGAACUGCCUAUCUGUGGGUGCAGGCUGUGUGUUCGUAUCAGACUCACCCUCUUGUCAACAGCCUGGCAAUGGCCCAUAUACGCAUGGCCUUGGCAGUGGUUGCGGUAGUGUUCUUUGUGAUAGGUUGUGUGUGUGCCAGCAUUGCCCUUGCACAAUUUCAAGGUAAAGAGCCUACAAAAUGGUACCCAGAAGAUGGAGGCUGGGGCUUCCAUGUGGCCAGCACUGUAUCUGAGUGGGUUUGUGCUGCAUCCUUUAACCUCUUCAUGCUUACUCUAGUAGAUGAAUUCAAAUGUAUCUCUAUGGACCCUCCUCAGGUACAUGUAUCUGUGGAGACACUAGCGCCGAAUCAGUACAGUGGAAUUGGGGAGGCAGAUCAAACAAAUGAUGAUGUACAAGUCAUUCUCUCAUCACAGUCAUAUAUUACCUGAGGAAGACCCUCCCAGUCAGCUAGCUGUGUGCCUGCUGGCUGCUUUUCUGGGGGGUUAGGAAGUGAAGAUACUUCUACAAGUCGUGAGUCUGAUUUUGGGGAAGGUGGAAGUCGGCAGGAGAUAAACGUCAUCAAGUGGCCAUGGAGUGGCUGCUUUAAUUUUUCUUGUGAAGGAAGUGCAUUAUUAGAUGAUGAAAAUGUUCCAUGUUUAGAAGAAUGUCCUGAUACAGAAAUAGGAGAGGAUAAGACGUAUGAAAAUAGAAGAGUGUCAGAUAUUACCCUUUCGGGAUCUGUUUAUAAUGAUGAUCUUGGUGGUAGUGGAAUACUCUCUUGUAUCAGACCUGUAAGUGCUGUUGGAACUUCAAAUGAUGUUUCUGGUGAUUUUGAUAAAGAUAAUUUGUUUAAAGCGAUUAAAAAGCAGUCAAAUAAGA